AGCCCUGGUUUUCGAAGUGCGGGACAUCGAUAGUAUCGAUGUUGGUUCAUUGCACAUGUUGAAUUUGUUUUGAAUAUUUGUUUUCAUAAAUUAAGACUAAAAUGGCAUACGUUGCACUGAGCGAAGCUGAGAAAACAUAUAUUUUACACGGCGUGGAGGAUGACUUUCGUUGCGAUGGACGUUCUCGACGGGAUUACCGGCCCAUGGACCUGGAAACCGGACUGGUCAGCAAUGCUAGUGGCUCCGCCCGCCUUAGACUUGCCAACACAGACAUACUGGUGGGCGUGAAAACCGAGAUCGAUGUUCCCAAUCCGCUGACGCCCGAUUUUGGUAAACUGGAGUUCUUUGUGGAUUGCUCCGCUAAUGCCACACCGGAGUUUGAAGGACGCGGCGGGUCGGAUCUGGCCCAGGAAUUGAUUCUCUCCCUGCAGAAUGCCUACGAAUCGCCACUGGCUUUCGACUACCGCACGCUGUGCCUCAUUCCGGGUCAGCAGUGCUGGAAGCUUUACAUAGACAUCUUGAUUCUGGAGUGUGGCGGCAAUCUACACGAUGCAGUGUCGCUGGCCGCCAAAGCAGCUCUGUUCAACACAAAGUUGCCGCGGGUGACGGCCACCUUGUUGGAUGCCGGCAUCACAGACCUCAUCAUAUCGGACAAUCCUUAUGACUGCACCCGCAUCGGCAUAGAGACGGUUCCACUGUUGGUCACAGUUUGCAAGAUCGGUGACUAUUGCCUAGUGGAUCCUUCGGCGGAGGAGGAGGUCUGCAGCACAGUAAGCGUGGUUGUGUCAGUUUCCAUGAGGAAUGGAAAGGCAUUCCUGUCGGGAACACACUUGACCGGCGGUGGGGCCAUGCACCGGGACACCAUGCGCAACUGUCUGGACCUGGGUCUGGCCAUUGGUGAGCACCUGGACCGGCUGCUUACUAAAAUGCUGAAUCUGGAGCAGGAGCGCGUCGGACCCAAGCGGCCGCAAACUGUUGGGUUUCUCAAAUAAAGCGGCAAUGUCUAAUAAUGAAAAUUUACUAUUUAA